AGGAAACUAAAAAAAAAAAAAAGCUGAUAGUUUUUCAAAAAUGGCGAUUCUAUCAGCGAGCUCUACUAUCGUGAGAGCUGCUUUAGAUACGCAGCCGAAGCUCCGAUACAAUCCCAAUGCGCCGCGAAAUGUCAAGAAUUUAAGCUCUUUCGUUCCACCGUUGUCUCCGUCUUCAUCUUCUCCGGCGACAAACUUGACAACAGGAACAAACGUCUCCGUUUCUGAUUUGCUUAAACGUCCCGCAAGCAAAGAUGUUGGUAAUGGAUUUGAUGAUAAUUGUAUUGGAUAUGAUAAAUGGUUUCCAAGUCCACCAAAAGUGGAGAAACCUAGAUCUGUCUUCAAUGCUGCCUCAUUAGCUUAUAUUGGCGAUUCAAUCUAUGAGAUAUAUGCUCGUCGGCAUUUUCUUUUUCCUCCACUUAGUAUUGAAGAAUAUAAUGACCGUGUUAGAGCAGUGGUGCGAUGUGAAGCACAAUAUGCUUUGCUGCAGAAGCUUGUUGAUGAUGAUUUCUUAACAAAAGAUGAAAGGGAUGUACUUCGGUGGGGAAAAAAUGUAGGCUCGGCUAAAACACGGUCAACUAGGCGUGCUGGUGUUGCUGUUUAUAACAAGGCCUCAUCAUUGGAAACACUAAUUGGGUAUUUGUAUCUAUCAAACGGGAAAAGAUUGGAAGAAAUGAUGCAGAAGCUAGGAUUCUCAAGUGGUUCUUCAACAGAGAGAAUGAUUAAGGAAGCUGGCAAGAAUAAACCAUCUUUCAAAUAAACUUUACUAUAUUAUAGUUACAUGCAAUAGCACUUUAGUCUGUAUCAUUGAAAAUGUUUUGAAUAUAUGAUCCAUUCAUCAAAACGUUACAAAGAUUUGGUAAA